AUGAAAAAAUCAUAUACUUUUUUAAAUGUGAUAAUAUUGUCCUUAACACUUUUAUUAUUCUUCACUUACUGUGAUGAAUAUUAUAAUUAUGAUACCCUUUCAAAAACAAAAUUUAUUAAUAAUAACUUCAUAAAUGACAUAAACAGAUUUAAAAGAAUUAUAGCAGAAGCAAGUGAAGAAGAGAAAUAUCCUUGGGAAGAAGAUUUUUGUUUACUUUUAAGUGAGGAUGAAUUAAUAAGACCAGAACAUAAUGACUCACCUUACUUACCUGAGCAUUAUGAAAAUAUAGAUAAAAUUAAUGAACUAAGUAUUAAUACAACAAAAAUAUGGAAAGAAACUAUUAAACAGAUAAGACAAAACUUUGAAAAAGAAACAGAUAAUAUGAAUCAUAACUGGAGAGAUUUUAUGUGGCAUUAUAAAUGGGCAAAUAUUUAUUUAUACAAAGUACAUAAACUUAUUAAUAUAACUCUUAAAGAUUUAACAACCCCUAUACAUGAUAAAGGAGAAACCAUAACAAAAUGGAUUAAAUGGAUACAAGAAGAUGUGGAAUAUUUUAUGUUUAAUCUACAAGUGGAGUGGCUUAGAAUAUUAACUCUGGAAUUGUUUUAUAAAAAUAAUAAAUAA